CUGGAAUAAUCAAAAAAAGGAAAAUGGAAGAAUCUUGGUGGAAUGAGGUGAAAGAUGCUUUAUUUGACUAUCUUGAUAGUGAGUGCGAAGAAUAUAGUCUGGUGACUAUGCAGUUGAGUUUUGAUAACUUACCCGAUUGUUUAAAGCCUUGUCUUCUUUAUAUGGGGAUGUUUUCGGAGGACGCAAGAAUUCCAGCAUCUAAAUUGAUAAGUUUAUGGAUUGCUGAAGGAUUCGUGGAGAACACUGAAUCUGGGAGAUUAAUGGAAGAGGAAGCUGAAGGUUACUUGAUGGAUCUCAUUAGCAGUAACGUGGUAAUUGUUUCAAAGAAAGGUUAUAAUGGUAAAGUCAAAUGCUGCCAGGUUCAUGAUGUUGUGCAUCACUUUUGCUUGGAGAAGAGUAGAGAAGAAAAGUUUAUGCUUGCAGUGAAGGGUCAAUAUAUCCAGUUUCAACCCUUGGAUUGGAAGGGAAGUUGAGUGAGCUUCAGUUUCAGUGAAGAGGUUUCCAAGUUUGCAUCUCUGGUUUCCAAAACACAGAAGCCUUUCCACCAACACUUGAGGUCUCUGAUAAGGACAGAUGGUG